CCCUACUACCCUUACUACCCCCUACUACCCCACCCUCGCCCGCACCGCCUGUACCGUUGCACCGUUCCCGGUCCGGGUGACGGUCUUCUGAUCUAAGACAAUGCCUGUUCGUCAGGGUACCGAACCCGACUGAAGAUCACAUACGCCUACUUGCACAUACUUGCAUAUCUCCUCCUUAGACUAGCCGUACUUAGCAUCCAAUCACUAUCUAUUCCUGAUUGUGCCCGAGCCCUUCCGGAUUUCCAGAUUUCCAGGGUAAGGUAUAUAAAUUGGGUAGAGCUCGGGCUGGGGUUCAUCUGCCUUGUUAUCUAGUCGAAUUAGUAAUAUUAUCAACCACGUUCCUAGCAAACCCCUAGCCAUCUUUAGCAACCCCUAGCAACCCCCUUAUCGUGGACUAGCCUCCGUCUUUGUCACCUUAGAUAAUAGGUAGCCUACUUGAUAUCUACCAAGAUAGACAACUAGCUCGACACCGAGAAUACAUAUAUAAGCCAAGCAAGAUCCCCAAAAAGGAGAAUUGGAAAAAGUAUCACAACGAGAAAUUCCAGACAUCAUGGCGGCCGAUAAAAUAUCUACUAUACCUCACCCCCUUCGACCCCUCACUCCCGACGAGCUGUCCAAAGCUCGGGAUAUCGUCAUCAAGGCUCAAGGUGGCGAUGGUGUCGCUUUUUUCUUUCGCUCGGCUAUCUUUAACGAGCCAAAGAGGGAAGAUCUAACCGUCUUUCUCGCCGCCGAACAUGAAGGUCGGGUGCCUGAGUCCAUCCCGCCCAGAGAGGUCCAUCUAAUGUACGACGUCAUCAAGGAUGGUAAAGCCCAGCUUCAUGAAACGGUUGUCGACAUCAACGCUGGCACCAUUCCAAGCAUUAAGGAGCAUGAGUUUCGUUGCCAGACCAGCUUCACUUCGCAGGAGUUCGGCAAAUUCCAAGAAGCCUGCGUCUCAUCGGACUUAUUCAAGUCGGCUCUGGAAGAGUUCACUAUACCAGAGAAUUUUGCUAUUACGAUAGAUCCGUGGCCAUAUGGCGGCCCAGACCCUGAUGAGGACAUUCCUCGUACUAUGCAGGGUCUGGUUUACGCCCGAGAUUCAUCUAAAAACAAUAUCGACUCAAAUCACUAUGCUUACCCUCUACCCAUAAUUCCAAUUAUGGAUGUCGCUACGAAAAAGCUGGUGAGAGUGGACCGCCUCGCUACUGGAGGACGUGGUGACAGUCUAUAUCCAGAAGCUAUUUCAAGCACUCCCAAGCCACUCUUCGGGAACAAUAGCUCGGCAGAAUACGUGCCGGAACUAUUGGACAUACCUUUCCGCACUGACAUGAAACCCAUCAAUAUCACCCAGCCUGAGGGUGCGUCCUUCAAGGUCCACGGCGACAAUUUGGUAGAGUGGCAGAAGUGGCGAUUCCGCGUCGGGUUCACGCUCCGAGAAGGCGCUGUGCUUCAUGAUGUGUGCUAUGACAACCGUCCUGUGAUGUAUCGAUUGUCUUUCUCCGAAAUGACCGUCCCGUACGGCGACCCGCGCCCACCGUUCCACCGCAAGCAAGCCUUCGACUUUGGCGACGGUGGUAUUGGACGUGCAGCCAAUAACCUUAAGCUAGGAUGCGACUGUCUAGGUGCGAUCCACUACUUCGACUCGGUGAUGACAGAUCCAGAGGGAAAGCCGGACUUGGCGAAGAACGUCAUCUGCUUGCACGAGCAGGAUAACGGCAUCGGCUGGAAGCACACCAACUUCCGUACAAAUCGCGCGGUGGUGACCCGCAUGCGCGAGCUAGUCGUGCAAUUCGUUGCUACGCUAGCUAACUACGAAUACGUGUUCGCGUAUAAGCUGGACACAGCAGGAGGUAUCACGUUCGAGACACGCGCCACGGGUAUUGUCAGCGUGGUACCAAUCGACGAGGGUAAGACGUCAGCGUACGGCAACAUCGUGAACCCGGGAGUAUUGGCGCAGAACCACCAACACAUCUUCGCUGUCCGCAUCGACCCCGCCAUGGACUCGUACGAGACCGACACCGCCGUCGUGCUCGAGGAAAGCCACCCCAUCCCCAUGAACCCAGAAACCAACCCCUAUGGCAACGGGUACGAAGUCCGUCGCCGUCGCGUCGAGCGUGCUGGCUUCGAGGACGCCGAGCCUAAGCUUAACAGGGUCGUGCGCUUGGAGAACCCGGUUAAGAAGAAUAGUAUCAGUGGUAAGAAUGUGGGAUAUAAGCUCGUGCCUAGUCCGACCCAGCUCCUCCUCGCGGACGAGAAGAGCGUGCAGGCGGCCCGCGCACCGUUCGCCAGACACCACCUCUGGUUCACCGGACACAGGGACGGCGAGCUCUGGGCUGCGGGAGAGUUUACGAACCAGGCGCAUUUCGAAGAAGGCGGCGUUAAGACUAUGGUCGAGAGAGGAGAUUGGUUCGUUGAUGGUGAGGGCGUGGAUGAGACGGCGACGGCGAAUGGUGGGAAGAAGAGCACGCCUGUUGUCUGGAGCGUUUUCGGUCUUACGCAUAACCCGCGGGUUGAAGAUUGGCCUGUGAUGCCUGUCGAAAUCCACCAGUUCCACCUCCGGCCGGCGGAUUUCUUCACCAGCAACCCGGCGCUCGACAUCCCUAGCACCAAGAACGAGACCAGCGUGCUCGUGCCCUGCUACGGCGAGAAGGUGGCUGAGAACGGCUCUAGCACCUGCUGCUGCAGCACCCCUAGCCUCCAGACUGAUAGCACGGUCCAGCGCAACCCCGCGUCGCAUCUUCAGGGCUCCGGCCCCGAUAUCGACCCUAACGAUAUUCCUGUCAAGGAGAAGAGGCGACUCUCUUCUACGCUGUCUAACUUGCUUAGCUGGAAGAAGGAUUAGUGAAGUUUCCCCCAUAUCUACCUAGGUGUUUGGAAACUUCUUUUGAUUAUUGCGCGGAUACCGAUUUCUUUUUAUUUUACCUAUUUUUAUUUUCAAGUCGGUGAUAGACUUUUUAUUGCGCACGAGAGCCCCCCUUUUUCAUGAGAAACGAAACGAAAUGUAACGGGACAGAAGUAGCGAAACUUAAUUGUGUUUACUUCCUACACCGGACGAGAUCAAGACCUUCGCUACAAUACAGGAUCUAGACUGGCCGUGCAUGGUUUACGGAGAAGAGGUUCUCUAGGUCUAGGUACCUACCUAGUUUUCGGGCAUCUGGUAGACGGAGAGACAGACAGACAGUUGGGACAGAGAAGUGUCGGAUAAUGUAUGCAUGUUGUUUGGUUCUUUCUAGAGGGUUCUGAGCGGGCGCCCAAAUAUUGGAUGUAUGUCUCAAGCCCCUAAAGAAGCAAAUACGGAAGACGGCUAGGGAUGUUUGCGUUAUACAAGAGCACUAGUCUUUAGUCCCUAUCAGCCAAACAUUAUUAUCCGAAAAAUACCUACAUUUGAAUUUGAAUGGGCCUUUGCAAAUACAUAGCAAGAAGUUACUAUAACCUGA